AUGAUUCGCCGGUUCCGACCGCGAUCUCGCGAAUUUGCGGCUCGAAUCCGGGCGCGCGCGCAGCCACGAGCGCAUUGCGCUGACAGGGGAAGCGGAAGGGCAGCACCGCCGAGAGUUCCGUCGGUGGGGGAAGAAGAACCGCGAGCGGAGCAGGGGAGUGGCAGCGGCGCAGUGCAAAGCCGCGGGGAAGGGCGGGGUGGCGGGAUGUCGGGCAGCGGGGGAUCUCUGAGCGGGUUAGGGGGAGGCGUGAGCAGCGGAUUCGUGGCGGGGGGAAGGCGAUGGGAGGAUCUGCGGAAAGAUGCGCGGCGAGUGGAGAGCGAGGUGGACCACCGCCUAGCCGCCUACUCCAAGCUCGGCGCCGCCUUCGCGCUCGCCUCCUCCUCCACCGCUGCUGGCUCGCUGCCCGACCCCUCCGAGGCGCAGAUCCGAGAGGGCGAGAUAGAGGCGCUGCUGCAGCAGCUGGCGUCGCUGAACGACGCCAUGGGCGCAUGUGCUGCUGCGGGCGGGGCGGGAGGAGGCAGCUCAGAGCUGCAGGCACACACUCUCACCCGCCACAACAACAUUCUGCUGGAGUUCUCUAGGGAGUUCGCCCGCACGCGGGCAGCAGUGACCACCAACCUGGAGCGAGCGCAGCUGCUGGGAGUGUUCGGCAAGGCGGGUGGCAGGGAGGGUGGCGGCGCGGGCAGCAGUGCGGGCGCGGAGGUGCUGUCUGAAACGGCCAGACUGCUCAAUGAGCGCACCUCCAUCCACUCCGCACUCUCUCAGGCUGAUGACGUCAUCAAGCAAGCAUACGCCACGUCAUCAUCUCUGGCACAGCAGCGCUCGCUCCUUGGAGGCACAUUCUCUAAAGUCACACUCCUGGGCAACCGAAUUCCAGGGGCUGCUUCCUCCCCAUUCUUUCUCACAGUAUGCCUCCCAUCUCCCAUGCUGCCUCAACCCCACCAUGCUCAACACCUCAAUCACCAACUGGUGCUGCACCACAAUCACCAACUGGUGCUGCACCACAAUCACCAACUGGUGCUGCACCACCAUAAGCUCAUCCACAUGCUCUUCUGCUUUUGUCUCCACCCUCCUUCCCUCCACCCCUCCACCCCUCCUCCCCUCUCCCCUCUCCCUGUACAGCUGAACACGCUUCUAUCGGCCAUCAGGAGGAAGAAGUCACGGGACUCGCUCAUUCUUGCUGCCGUCAUCGCCGCCUGCACACUCUUCCUCCUCGUCUACUGGCUCAACAAGUAG